UAUUUGUUAAUUGUUAGUCAGUCGCCAAACAUCGCCAACCGUAUCAGACUUGUCGUCUGGAGUUUUUGUGUCUUUGUGCCAUUAUAGAGUGGCUACAUCAGGGAAUCAACCGCAAAAAUACAGAUACAAUGAAUAUAAAUAGAGCUGGGCUCGGCGAGUUCUGUGUAGUAGAAUGGAUCCAGGGCAGUAAAGCUGGUACGCGUGAGACGGUGUCGCGAGACUUAGUCGAGUUACAGCCUGACGUAGGACCUGGCGCCUGCAAAGUCCGUUCUCCAUUUUCUAACCAGUAUUCUCCUGCAGUUUUGCACUUUCAUAAUGACUGUGACAAGUGUUUCUCGAAUUGGGUAUUACCUAACACAGCGGAGAAGAACGCCGUGGUCCCGAGCGACAAAGCCUCACGAAAGCGCCAAAGACAGCGUUCGCCGCGGGCAGUUCAGCGAGUGGGGGCAGGACAUACAGACUUAGGCCAUGGUGGGCCACGUGACUCGACGGACGAGCUUCGGUACAUCGUGGUAAAAGCAUAUGAUUCUUUGCCUCAACAGUACGCUUGUGUGCCGAGGAGCUGGAUAAAAGCAAGCACCGGCACUAGCCUGGCCGUCGGCGCCUCCUGUAUCGUGCCUUGGCCGGUCCAGAUGAGCGGCCCUUGGGCUCGCCUUGGUCACUCGCCCUCGCCCAAGUGGGGUUCGCGGCGCGCAAUCUGCGUGCACGCCGCAGUUAACUAUGACGCUGGCCAGGAUUGGAUUCGGAUGAUGACAAAAGGUCAGCUGAUUUACUCAGGUGACCCUCGUCCGGCCAAGAUGCCCCGCAUUUCCGACUCUUCUCGCCGCUUCACCGGCCUCCAGCUUACCAACCCGCCAAUUCCGUCAAUAAGCGCAGUCGUCAAUGAGCUCCAUGAAAUGUCAGUCUGUCAUGACACAGACGACUGCUCUUCAGACUUGCCGGCGGCGUAUAAUACAGAAGAGUUUCGAAAACUUAUAACAACAUAUAAUUGUAUCCCGAAGCGUCAACGACCCGCGAAUUCUGUACCAGAUCAUACGGUCGCACCUACACCAGUUCUCGACUCACUCGCUAAUCUUCCCUACUUAGAACCUUUACGAUCUACCUCAAUCCGUGAAAACUCCUCUUCUGCUGCUAGAAAAUCACCUACAACUACAUCGUUUUCUACUUCUGCGAAAGUUAUGUUUCAUAAUGCACCAUCGACUUACACAUCAGAGAUAGGAAGCCUCCAACGACCCUCAGUACCUACCCCCCUGUCACCAUCUAAUCUCGCACCAGCCCCGUCUAUCCCGUCAUCUGCGUCGUCUUCAGUGCCUACCUCCCUGCAACCAUCUAAUCUCGCACCAGCCCCGUCUAUCCCGUCAUUUGCGUCGUCUUCAGUGCCUACCCCCCUGUCACCAUCUAAUCUCGCACCAGCCCCGUCUAUCCCGUCAUCUGCGUCGUCUUCAGUGCCUACCCCCCUGUCACCAUCUAAUCUCGCACCAGCCCCGUCUAUCCCGUCAUUUGCGUCUUCUUCAGUGCCUACCCCCCUGUCACCAUCUAAUCUCGCACCAGCCCCGUCUAUCCCGUCAUCUGCGUCGUCUUCAGUGCCUACCCCCCUGUCACCAUCUAAUCUCGCACCAGCCCCGUCUAUCCCGUCAUCUGCGUCGUCUUCAGUGCCUACCCCCCUGUCACCAUCUAAUCUCGCACCAGCCCCGUCUAUCCCGUCAUUUGCGUCGUCUUCAGUGCCUACCCCCCUGCAACCAUCUAAUCUCGCACCAGCCCCGUCUAUCCCGUCAUCUGCGUCGUCUUCAGUGCCUACCCCCCUGUCACCAUCUAAUCUCGCACCAGCCCCGUCUAUCCCGUCAUCUGCGUCGUCUUCAGUGCCUACCCCCCUGUCACCAUCUAAUCUCGCACCAGCCCCGUCUAUCCCGUCAUCUGCGUCGUCGUCAGUGCCUACCCCCCUGCAACCAUCUAAUCUCGCUCCAGCCACCUCUAUCCCGUCAUUUGCGUCGACUUCAGUGCCUACUACGAUACUGGAGGAACUAGGACUGAAGCAGCAGUCUACUGCUGCUUCAGUCCCUUGUAGCGAAUUAUUAUCUUUUACUUCAGCCAUCUCUCUACAAUAUGUCUCACCAGCCACCUCUACUCCUUUACUUCCCUUAAUUCCUUCAACUUCAGUAGUGACUCCCUCGCAAGCUUCUACUUCUGUAGACCACACUUCUACCACCGUUUCCUCUUCUAUCGCUCGCACGACACUUCCUAAAGCCCAUUCUCCGUCUAUCACGACGCGAGCCGAACCUAACUCGUCACAAAUUAUUACUAAACGGCAGAUUCGAUGUGAAUUCAUUGAAUUAAUAAGUAAAAUUACUGAACUAGAUAAAGAUUUAGACAAAAUAUGUAACAGUACCGUGAAAGGAAUUCAUUCGAGUUCUUUGAAAUUUCAAGAAUCUAUGAAACCUUUUUACAAUUAUUGUUUAUCAAAAAACAAUGACGUCGCCGUAGAAGCAAAUUAGAUUUAGCUAAUUGUUUAUGUAAGUGUGUAUAUUUUGUAACUUUUUGUAAUUAUUAUUUUGUAAAUUUUUCAAGGUUAUUCCUUGAAAAAUUAGGCUUAAUAAUUAUUAUUAAAUAAUUAAUUUUUUUACUUAUGCUCGAUAGUGAUUAUACUAUUAAGAUAGUACGGUUCCAGGUCAAGUUCCGGGGUGCUUUAUAUAAUAGAGGAUUUUAUUUUUACUCUAUAAUUAUGCACUCCGUACAAUAGAAUAUGCGAAAUAAUGAAGUGUUAAUUGCUAUGAAAGGAAUGAAUGCAAUAAUGUAGGUACACUAUAAAUUUUAGAGACAACAAUAAAAAGAAUUUUAGAAAUUGUAAAUUGAAUGGGAUUCGUGAAAACGAUUUGGGAUUUAGUGACGCUUAUAAAACUAAGAAAGCUCGACUGAGCAAAUGUACAGCUCGGCUCGGCUCUAACAAAGAUUAAAAAUAAACUCUCAGAUAUU